AUGAUACCCUUAAUCACCCUCGAAGAGCACUAUGUCUCGCCGCACGUCCGCGCUGCUCAAAAACAUGAUGAAUUUGCUGUUUUCCCACCUGACUUAGUACGAAAACUGAAUUCCCUUGACGAGGAACGUAUACAAGAUCUAGAUCGCGGAAACGUAUCUCUCCAGAUCAUCUCUCAUGGUCCCGGGGAUAUGCCUGUCAGUGUCUGCACAGCAGCAAAUGACGAUCUUGUGUCUGCUAUCUCCAAGCAUCCAAAUCGGCUAGCAGGGUUUGCAUUACUCCCAGUGAGUAAUCCAACCGCUGCGGCAGACGAGCUCGAGCGCUGCGUGAAAAGCUUGGGAUUCGUCGGUGCACUAGUAGACACUCACAUCAAUGGCGAGUUCUACGAUGACGAGAAAUUUUGGGUCAUGUUUGAAAAGGCCCAGGAAUUAGAUGUCCCCAUCUACAUCCAUCCUUCUUGGGCCGCUGAUAGUCAGAUGGACCACUAUCGUGGGAAUUAUCAUGAAUCUGUUGCCGUGGCUCUUAGUGCAUAUGGCUGGGGCUGGCACUCGGACUCUGCACUGCAUAUUCUGAAAUUGUAUGCCAGUGGACUCUUCGACCGGUUCCCAAAGUUGAAGAUUAUCAUUGGACACAUGGGCGAGAUGCUUCCCUUUCAGCUGGACAGAGUAUUUGGAGUUUCUGCACGGUGGGGGCGGGAGAGAUCAUUCCAAGAGGUAUGGCGGGAGAAUAUUUGGAUCACGACUAGUGGUAUGUUCUCCUUGCCUCCGUUGGCUUGCCUGCUGCAGACCACGUCAAUCGACCACGUGCUCUACAGUGUCGAUUAUCCGUUUUCAUCGAAUGAAAAAGGACUCGAGUUUUUCAAGACGAUUGAGAAGAGCGGGUUGAUUGGCGGAGAGGAUUUGGAGAAAUUUGCAUAUCGCAAUGCUGAGCAAUUGCUUCGAGUUCAGAUCAAAUUAUCUUGA